AUGGCUGUUUCUGUGAAUAGUUGGAUUCAGGGCCUGAAACAAGACGUCAUUCAAGCGCAGUACAAAUCUGGAUACCACUAUUUCCACCCUACGCCAAUGCCUGCAUCCGGGAAUGGCGUCGACUUCGGCAGCCUCAGCUCGAGCCUGAGCGGCCAGGCGGCUAACUUGGUCACAGCUGGUCUCCAGUUACAAGGGCUACAGGGCCUGGCGGCGUUUAUUCAGAAAGAGAAAUUCGUUUCCAAUACGGCUGCUGACUCAGAGGGACGCACCAGAGAUGCAAUGCUCCGGGCUGAGAGCCAUAUCAGACUAGAGGCCAAAUAUUGGGAAAAGGAGUGCGAGUUCCUCGAGCGCGCAGCACUCUCCUGGGAACGCAAAGCGUCUAUUGUCGUUGCUGGCCUGUUCAACCUGAUAUCUCAGCGAGACCAGUCGACCAGCAUUGAGAUCGCAAAGUCCUCCCAGGAUAUCGCGACCGAAAGCAAAAGAGACAGCACGUCUAUGAAGGCCAUUGCUGCUGUCACCAUGUGUUUUCUGCCGGGAACAUUCGUCGCGUCAUUCUUCGCUAUGCCGCUAUUUGACUGGGAUGCUGAGCAACAGGUGGUGACCGUACGGGGCUUUUGGCUCUAUUGGGCCGUCACCGUGCCGUUGACCCUGGUUACAUUAGCAGCUUGGUUCUUGUGGACCUGGUUGUCUGACGCAAAAGGAAGUAUGGCUCGCCUUCCGAAGGCUUUCUCUUGA